AUGGAGAAGAUCAAAGAGCAGUUUUCUAGCCUUCAAAUAGCAAAACGGUGUUCACUAACAGAAGACCCAUCUUACUUAUUGGACAUAGAUAUUUCAGAAGGAGAAGGGAGUCAUUUAGUGGCUGUUUCCUGCUCCAAUAAAUCAAUCAGAGUUUACAAUAGGGAGACUCUGUGCUUGCUACAAGAGUAUGAUAGCCAUCCUGCAUUGCUAAGUGGUGUCAGAUUUGCACAUACAGGUGCAAAUGUAUUAUUUUCAGCAUGUAGUGAUGGAACAGUGAAGUGUUGGGAUAUUCGUUCACCUGUUGCCAAGCCUGUACAGUUGUUUUGUGGCUAUCCUUCAAAUGUUUUCAUUAGCUGUGAUAUAAGCUGUAAUGACCUCAUAGUGGGUGCUGGCACAGAGAAAAUAGAAGAAGAUGCAUUCAUAACAUUCUGGGAUGCCAGAGGCUGCACAAAUAGCGUCCCUUCCAGCAAACAGCCGCUAGGUGUCUAUUCAGAGUCUCAUAAUGAUGAUGUUACUAAAGUAUGUUUUCACCCCAUCAAGCCACAUUUGUUUGUUUCAGGCUCGACUGAUGGAUUGGUAAAUAUGUUUGAUAUUAACAAAGACAGUGAAGAAGAUGCUCUGAUUUCCACUUGUAACUCUGAGUCGUCUGUAAGUUUUAUUGGAUGGACUGGGAAAGAUUAUUGGCAGGUUUACUGCAUGACACAUGAUGAAGGAUUUUGUUGGUGGGACCUUACUCAGCUGGAUUCUGAAAAGUCAAUUACAUUGCUGCAUAUUCCAGAUGUCAGGGAAGUGGAAAAUAUCAAAGUGGAUUACUUAAUUGGUGGUGCUUAUCAUGAAAAAGUGGACAAAUUGUUUGUUGUUGGAGGGAUGUCAACAGGAAGCAUUUGUCUCAUGGAGUGUUGUGCUCAUGAGAUGAAUUCUGUGGGAAUACUUCAAGGAGGACACACUGCUACCGUCCGCUCCUUCUGCUGGAAUACGGUUGAUAAUUCUCUGUGGACAGGAGGAGAGGAUGCGGAGUUGUUGCUAUGGAAACCAGGAGCUAUAGAAAAAGCCUUGAGUAAGAAGACUUCUAUGAAAGUGGCUUCCUCUGUCUAUCAGCGAGUAAAAGUUCAUCAACAUUCCUUGAAAAACAAGAAAAAAAUGAGCUGAAGAGGGAGUUCCAUUUUUAACACUUCUAAAGAGAUGGCUCUGUGUGUGUGUGUUGUAGCAGAAACAAAAAAGAGUGGUUGCAAUUUAAAGACAAUUGAAUGUGAUAACAUUUGUGUGGACUAGAAUCCUAUUUCAUUGUGCACAAAAGUUUAUGCUAUAAUAAGAUUGUUCCUAUGGUGCAA